AUGAAACCAUUCGCAACCACAGUAUUUGCUGCCGCUGUGGCUCUAUGGAGCAGCGGCGAAGCGCAGAGUCAGGGAAAUGACGCCAAGCAGCCCAACGUCGUUUUCAUUUUUACCGACGAUCAGGACUACCAUCACUCGUCUUUGGACUACAUGCAGAAUCUCCAAAAAGAGUUGGUUGCGAAGGGAACCGAGUUCACUAAUCAUUAUGCAACUAUCUCCGUCUGUUGUCCCAGCCGCGUGUCUUUGAUGCGCGGCCAGCUCGCUCACAACACCAAUAACACGCAUGUUCGAGCGCCAGGGGGUGGAUAUCCCAAGUUUCUUGCAGCGGCUGAGGACGAUGAUUAUCUCCCACUUUGGUUGACCAAAGCUGGGUAUCAAGCUGAAUACAUCGGCAAGCUCUUCAACGGUAACGGAUUGACCAAUUACAACCCCGCGCCGAAGUAUUGGACUCAUACGGACCUCUUGAUGGAGCCGUACAUCAACAGGCAUGACACAGUUGUUAUGUCAGAAAACGGGGCCAGACCGAAAUUCUACUCGAAUUGGCAACAAACUGACGUGAUUCGGACAAAGGCUAUCGCACGACUGCAGACUUUGGUUGCACAAGAAGAUCCGUUUUUUCUCAUGGUCGCGCCAACAGCACCUCACGUGCACAACGCAACCGUGCCUCCUAUCCCAGCGGCUCGCCACUUGGACCUGUUCCAGAAUAUUACCGUCCCUCGCACGCCUGAUUGGAACCCUUCGGAUGAGUACCAGCAGCAGAAGCCAGCAUAUAUAAGGACCCUUCCCCUUUUGAAUCAAACUCAGAUCAAUGAGAUUGACCUGCUUUAUCAGCGUCGAUUACAAGCACUUCAGAGUGUGGAUGAGCUGAUUCAGGAUGUGGUUGACACUCUUGAGGAGGCUGGUAAACUGGAUGAUACAUACAGGUAUCACCUUGGCUCAUACCGCCAGGGGGGCGGUAAAUCCACACCGUAUCUUAGAGAUUCCAACAUUCCCCUCGUGGUGCGUGGACCGGGCAUCCAAGCCGGGGUCACCUCUCGCACGCCCAGCACCGUAACUGACUUCGCUCCCACCUUCCUUCAGAUCGCGGGACUCAGCAAGGAGGAUUGGCCCAGCUUUCUCGACGGCGAAAGCCUGCUAGCCUCAUGGGAGAGCCCGAAUAACACGGCCAUACACAAAAAGAAAGAGGCGAUCAACGUCGAAUUCUGGGGCUAUGCCUACAAUGAGAUCCCGUCAUUUGUCACGGGCGAUGGGGGAAAGGUGGGGUACUUUCUAGAGAACGACUACAAGACAAUGCGCAUUGUAGGCGACGAGUCCGCCUGGCUGUACUCGAGGUGGUGCACAAAUGAUACGGAGUUGUAUGAUACCAAAAACGAUCCCUAUGAGCUGACGAAUCUCGCGAACUCUUCCGACCCCCAAAUCCAACGCGUACUAUCGCGCCUCAACGCCCUUCUCUUAGUCACCAAGUCCUGCACACAGGAAACAUGCCGGGAUCCCUGGUCUAUUCUACAGCCCACAAAUCUCCCAUCGAACGCCACGGCCAUCAAGACGCUCGACGACGCAUUGGAUCCCGCUUACGAUAGCUUCUAUGAUGCUUUCCCUCCAGUCACCAUCUCCGAAUGUCUCGGUCUUCAGGUGCCCUCCAACGAGGCGCCCUUCUACCCGGACGGCGCGGAGACGGGCUUGGGACUUGCUUUCCGCAACAAUACGGAUGGCUUCUCCUUCCCGGAUCCACUCCAGCCGGUGACACAGAUCACCGGGUAUCUUGGCCGCUGGGAGCCGGCAGGAGGCUGGGACCAGCGGCAUGCGAGCCUCGAGGCGCUUAUGGCGGAUGCUAGAGAGUUGACUGACGACGAGAUGACCGUGACAAACAUUUGA